CAUACCAUGAUCACACCUAUACCAACCCCCUAUCUACCUUUUGCAAUUAUAAGAGAGUAGCAGCGCUAACUGGAAGUUGUUUCAUGGGAAUCUCUGUGGCCAACUUGCCAGAGAAAGUUCAAAUGAAUAAUAACCAAGCAAGUCAAUCUUCUUCAACCAAAGUUGAAAGGAGGGUUGUAGAGAAGAACAGGAGAAAUCAUUUGAAACUUCUUUACUCCAAGCUCUACUCUCUCCUCCCUAACCAAAAUCCUAAGGAGCCACCGAGUCUGAACGAACAAACAGAUGAGGCCAUCAACUACAUAAAAAGCAAAGAGUCGAAGCUGCAGAAAGCAAAGGAGAAGAAAGAGAGCUUAAUGGGCACUAGAAAAAGAUCAAAUGCUACAGCAUUCGUAAACGUUGAGAGCAUGGAACCAAAAACCUUAAACAUUGAGAGCGUAAGGAGCACAAAAGCACCCCAAAUCCAAAUCCAUGAGACAGGAUCCACAGUUGAGGUAGUACUGACUAGUGGCUUAGAGAAUCAUCAGUUCAUCUUCUACCAAAUUAUUCGCAUACUUGACGAAGAACAGGCGGACAUCGUGCAUGCUAGCUUUUCAACUUUGGGAGACACUGUAUUUCAUGUAGUACGCGCAGAGAUGGACAACUCUAUGUUGGAUUUUGGGGCUGCAAGAAUAACUGAAAAGCUUAAUACAUUUGUCAAUGGAUCUACCAGCGACCAAGAAUUACGGCAAGAUUGCUUUUGGGACUGCGAAUUCGAGCCUGCGGAAAUAAUAUGGGAUCAGGUUUGAGAAGUACUCCACCAAACAAAUAAAUCAAUCGUAUUUCCCCGGUGACCUGUGUACAUUGAACAAAACUAGAAAAUUGGGGUCGUUUUUCAUGUAACGAUGUUAGGGGAGUGAGAUUUUAGCUAAAUCAUAUGAAUAUAUGAUGUGCCAGCUUAAUAUGGCUAUUAAUUAGUUAUAACAUUAGAUAGAUCUGUAUUAUAAAUAAUUGUUAUAAACUUCUUGUUUAAGUAUGAUUGUUUAAAUCCUAGAUUAAAUUUGAUUCUA